CAAAGCACCACUUAAAUUGUUCGGUAAUGGACGCAGACAUUUCUCGGUGGAUUUUAGAAUUCCUAAUGCGAAACACGGCGGUGCAAGACCACGUCAUCAAGAAACUCCUUCAAGUCCUCCCACUCUCCUCCGCCACCGAAGACCCUCGGUUCAAGAAGGCCGUCCUCCUCCGCACAAUCCAAUCCGAGAUAUCCGACGCAACAGUCACCGAGACGAUGCUCCAGGCGCUACAACUGAUCGAAGAGAUGGACCGAAACGACGGUGUGGAGAUCGGAGAGUCAUUGAAGACAGCGUAUUUCGUGGCGGUGGUGGAGUGCACGGUGAAGUACCUGGCUUUGGAGGGAAGCAAUGGGAAAUACUUCGAAGCGAUGAAGAGAGUGUGGAGGGGUAGAAUCGGUAUUUUGGAGAAAUCGGGGACGAAAAGCGAGUUGGUUAGGGAUAACGCCGAGUUGACUCGGUGGAAGAACAAUUUGGAGGCGGAGCUUCGGGAUGCCAAAACGGUGAAGAGGAUGAUGAAUUUGAAUACAAGGGCCAAGGCUCUGCAAAAGCUUAGGGCUUUUUUAGGGGAGGCUUGGGCACUCAUGGGCCCUUCCUUUAUUGAAGCAGCGACGGUGCAAGAGGCGGCGGCGAAUGAAGAGGAUAAACUUGUAUCAGGGAAAGGGAGAUCCAAAAGCACCAUUGUUACGGAAGGAGGGCUGCCCCCACUGUGACAAACUAAGGCAACUAUUUGCCCCUACCUGAUUAUGAGCGUCGUCGCCAUUGAAUCUGGAAAUAUGUGAUGGCUUUUUGUGUAUUGUGGAGUAUUUUGUUGGGUUGUUGGUGCCAUUACUCCACCUGGCUAUAUAGUGCCCUAUAUGGGUUGUAAUAUUAUAGUUAUGAACUUGAACAAUUCCGUUUUAGGCUAAGUGACACCUAUUCACUAAUUACAAUG